AUGGAUGAUGAUGAGGAUCUUUUCGGAUCAGAUCUCGAAGACGAUGAGAAAAGAGCAGAGAAGCUUUCGCCCGAGGACAAGAAGUUCAUGUUCCGGAAGGAGUUGCGAGCUAUGUUGUUUGGGUUCGGAGACGAUAAGGUUCCCUUCGACAAAACCUUGGAAACGUUAGAAGCCAUAGUUCUCGAUUACAUCAAAGAAUUAUGUGAGCGGGCGGUGAAAGUGGGGAAACCGGACAAACUUGGUUUGGAAGAUAUUCAUUACCUGAUUAGAAGAGAUGCAAAGAAAUUCGCAAGAGUAAAGGAUCUUCUAUCGAUGAGUGAAGAACUGAAAAAGGCCAGGAAACAAUUUGAGGAUGCAAAACCCAGCAUUUGA